AUGACUGUGCCCUUCGACAUAGAUCCCUACGACACGCUUGGCGUCUCCAAGGAUGCUUCCCCCAUCGCCAUCAAAAAGGCCUACAAGAAGCUCUGCUUGAAGCACCAUCCUGACAAACUCCAGCAACACCACCACCAGCAACAGGACGACGAUACCUUUCCCAAACUACAAUUUGCAUACAGUAUACUUAGUGACGCCUCGAAACGACAACGGUACGACAGCACAGGCUCGUUGGAAGACGGCGCUGACGAGUCUGGGUUCGACUGGAAGGAAUACUUCGACAACAUCAACGACAAAAUCACGGUGGAAAUGAUCGACGAAGACAGGGCAACCUACCAAGGCUCGGAUGAGGAACGCGACGACAUCAUCACCAACUUCAUCUACUACGAAGGCGACUUCUUGAAGUUGUUCGAGGUGAUUCCUCACCUCGAAUUUACAGAAAGCGAGGAGCAACGGGUGUUCACCAUCAUUGAGGAUGCUGAUACCAUCGAUAAGGAGGCGUUGAAGACGUGGGGCAAGUACAAGAAGAGCCGCAAGACCAAAGUCAAGCAGAUGUUGAAGAAAUUGGCCAAGGAGGCCAAAGAGGCCCUUGAGUUGGAGAAAUCCAUCAAGAACAAGGACUCUGGUAAAGACUUGGCGCUGCUCAUUAAGAGCAGACAGUCGGGCCGUUUGGACAACUUGAUCAGCUCGUUGGAGAGUAAAUAUGGCGGCAAGAGAGGCAAAAAACGGGACGAGAUUGACGACGACGAGUUCGAGCGAAUCCAGAGAGGCUUGAAGAAGAAGCGCUCCAGCUAA